AUGAGUUUCGGUUUCGGCGUCGGUGACAUUAUCAAAGCCGUCGAGUUUUGCCACAAGCUUCGGCGCGACUUUGCAGACGCUCCCCGUCAAUGGAGAGAAAUAAACGAGGAAAUGAGAAGCUUGUCAAUCGUGCUCGGGGACGUUGAUGUGUGCGUCUCAACAGGACAUAUAUCGGACAAAGACGCCAAGGACCUUUUAGAAACAGCCUGCCAAUGCCGUAAUAUCCUCGAUGAGCUGGCCGAGAUCGCCAACGCAAACCGGGUGUUAGGAAAGAGCAGUAUUAGCGCCUCGGACAAUGCGACACGAGUCUGGAAAAGACUCAAAUGGGAUCCAGACGAUAUUCGUGAUAUCCGAGGACGAAUUAGCUCAAAUGUUGGCCUCCUAAAUGCCUUCCACCACCGAAUUGCCAGGAACAACACGGUCAGGCUCAUACAACACGUCGAGGAUCGAGAGCUUCGAACAGUGCUGACAUGGCUCUGUCCGGUCGACUAUGGCGUUCAACAGAGCGAUCUGAUUGUGAGACGGCAGCCGCACACUGGCGAGUGGCUUCUCAACUCUCAAGAGUUUCAGCGGUGGCUUGAAACGCCCGGCGCGACGUUGUUUUGCCCAGGAAUUCCCGGAGCAGGAAAGACCAUGAUGACGGCAGUUGUAGUCGACCAUCUCCUGUCACGCCCCGAGUUUGCUGAAGGUGUCGGCAUCGCCUGCAUCUACUUCAACUUUCGCCGCGCCGAAGAGCAGACUUUCACCCACCUAAUCGCUGGUCUUGUCAAACAGCUAGCACAACAAGACUCAUUUGCUGCUGGAGAGCUCAAAAGCUUAUACGAUACUCAUUCUCCACGCGGGACACAGGCAACCGCCGACGAGUUACUCAAUGUGCUUCACGCCAUUGCAGCGCUGCCUUCAUUCUCAAGGCUCUUUGUCAUUGUUGACGCCCUAGAUGAAUGUCAGUCUAGCGGAAAUCUCAGAGCCAAGAUUCUCUUCGUCUUGUGUCGUCUUCAACAAAGAGAGAAGUUGAACAUAUUUGCAACAUCUCGAUUCAUUUAUGAGAUACGAAAUACUUUCACCAAGGCCGGAGCCAUAACAGUCGAGAUUCGAGCCUCUAACGAGGAUAUUCAAGCAUACCUAGAUAGUAUCCUUAGCACACUUCCUGGAUGUGUGAGAAGGAGCCCACAGCUGCAAGAGGAGAUCAAGAACACAGUCUUGGAGGCCGUCAACGGCAUGUUCUUGUUGGCGAAGAUAUACGCGUCGUCAUUGGAAGACAAACUUACGCCCAAGGCAGUCAGAGCCACUCUUGGCUACUUCCGGAAGCAGGCAUGUGCCUGCUUGGCCACAUUGAUGGUAGCGAAUUGGGCGCUUCCUUCACUACAGUUUUACGCCGCAGAACACUGGGGUCGUCAACUCUCUCAUGCCCCUUCGCGUGCUCAGCGGAGGAGGCAGGUCAUUGACUUCCUGAGGCGAGACAAUUUGAGCCCGGCAUUGGCUCCAUGUAUGGGCUUUGACUUCAGUGAACGUCUGGAAAUUGCUUCCAAUUUGGAAAUGACUUCUCGGUGUCAGAUUCAGUUGAAAGGUCUUCAUCUUGCCGCGUAUUUCGGUCUGACAGAGGCCAUGAAUGAGAUUCUAGCGGAUGAAACAGACGACAGUGCACCAAAUGUCCCUGACAGUAAAGAAAGAACGCCAUUAUUCUAUGCCAUCAGGUCAGGAAACGAGGAAGCCGUCGGCCUACUGAUCCGUCACGGAGCAAAGGCCGAGACCUGGACCCAGGGCGGCCUGACACCACUGACAGUGGCUGCUGAACACAACCAUGAGAAGAUCGCGCAGAUUUUGAUUGACAAUGGAGCAAAAAUUGACCAGACAGCUAUUGCCUGGUCAUUUUCUGGAUUCAAUCAGUCGACCACAGCCCUCUGCAUCUCAGCCGGCCAUGGACACACAGGAAUGGCCAGAUUGUUGCUGACCCACGGCGCUGAUAUCGAGUUCGAAAAUAAGAAAGGCGAGAUGGCAAUCUUCAUUGCUGCUACUGCCGGCCACGUGGAAGUCAUGCAAAUGCUCAUCGAGAAGGGCGCCGAUAUCGAGUCCGCAGACAUGACUAUGACUACACCCUUGAUGCAAGCCUGUCGCCACAAACGCCUUGAGGCAGUGAAACUUUUGCUUCACGAGGGAGCCAAUCUCGAAAGGAUCAACAAUGACGGCAAAACAGCAAUGUCGAUUGCCGCGAGCUCAGGAAGCGAGACUAUUCUCGUCGCACUCAUGGAAGCAGGUGCCAGAAUAGACCUUGGAGACUUCCUAGACCAAACUCCACUUCUUUUAGCAGCCACGGAAGGCCACGCAAGCUUAGUUGAGAUACUUCUCUCCAAGGACGCCAAUGUUGAGGCAUACCGCAGGUUCAUUCACCGCAAGGCCUACUUUUGUGAACCGAGGAUAUCGGACUUGACACCGCUCCAGGCAGCUGCAUACUAUGGACGUGCCUCUGUUGUUGUUACAUUGCUCGACUACAGUGCCGACAUUGAAGCUAGAGACGCUGAGGGAAGAACGCCGCUUAUGAUAGCUGCGUGGCAGAAGAAAUACGUCGUCGUCAAGUUAUUGAUAGAUCGUGGAGCAGACAUCCAUGCACGAGAUAGAAUGGGUAGAAACGCUCUGUACCCAAUUUGGAUACGUAGGGAUAAUAAGGAGAUAGCGAGGUUGCUGCAUGAUAAGGGGGCGAGAUUGAGGGGGAGAAGGGAGAGAAAGGCGCUUGAGAAUUGGCUGAACGGUACACUCCGCCAGCACGAAGUAGUUUGA